UUAUUUUGAAUUGAUUGAUUUGAAUUUUGAUUGUGUUCAAAUAGAAGAUUUUCUUUAUUUAUAAAAAUAAACUGCUAUUACACAAGCUGAGCUCGAGAAAUAACAGACAUAAAUCGAAGUGCGUAGUGAUGAAAUCUUUUCAAAUUCAUAAUGAAUGCUAUAAUCGGUUUAUGUCAUUUUUGUGAGGCCCACGGACCGCGGCCUCUUUUCUGCACGUUCACGACAGACGACGAGGCUCAUACUACAGAAGCUUCGAAGCGCGCGGUCCAGUGCAGUGGAUGUACUUCUUUGGGUCCCGAUACAGUGUUUGUGUCUCGAGAUGAUAAUGGAAUUAUAUUUUGUAGCAGAGAGUCUGUUCCUAGUGAUGAUGUUACUACUUUCUUGAGGCAGGCAGCUCUACGAAGUAUUACUUGUGAAACUAGUUGGAGUAAAGAAGGUGGAGUGGUAUAUUUCAGUGAUGCCCAGGGCCAUGUGCUUAGCCUCAUGUUCCAGCUGAAAGACACAAGAGCGAGGGGGCUGAAAAGAUUGUUCUCCAUUGUGGUGCUGAUGAAGGAUAAGAUGCUGUUACUGAACAUAACACCUGUGCUUUCUGAACAUAUGCAGAAAAUAGCGAAGGAGCUACAGCAGUUAGCAGAUGUGGUCUAUGAGAAUGAGCAAAGCAUAUGCUCACAGCGAGCAUUGAGAUUGAAGACUGGCAGAAAUGAUUUUGGCCAGGCUAGAUCAUUGUUGCAGCUAACAGGUAAUGAAGAUGUUUUCAAGAAAUUGCACUCGCACUUCACAUGGAUGUUGAGGGCUGGUGCUGUAACAUAUUCAGAAACUCUGUACACUAGUCAGGAUCUACUGAAAAAGAUAACCUCAACUAAAAGUACAAUCUUUGACAAUAAUGCAUGUUCAGUACAAAAAGUCGACAGUAUGUCUUUGAGAGAGCUAGAAAAAUUGUUGAGCAAACCUGUUUUCAGAACUUUAUUGUAUUGUACUUUGACUGGAAUAGAUAUAGUGAUCAAAUCUCAACAUAUUGAGCCUACUAAAAUUAUAAAUACUCUGUCAAGUUUAACACCAAGUGGAGUACAUCAGAACAUUAGUCACAUCAAAGCCGAAAGUUCUGUACAAUUGCUACCCUCACAAGAUGUCUGCAUUCUAGAGGAAACAGAAAAUAGUAAUUUUGAGUGCAAAUGGAGUAAUAGUAUACCCCUGAAAUGUCCUACACUUAUGAAGAAAAUUGAAAAUGCCAUAGAAAAUACUAAAUUUAAUGAUGAAGUACUGAAUCAGCAUAUCAAAUCAUUGCAACUGGAAUGGCUGGGCAUAGCAAGAACAUUAAAAGCAGCAUUACUGUCGGGAAAACCUGACGCCAUCAAAAAUUUGGAACAAGUUUUGGGUGUGACAAAGCAAGAUGAAUUUUUAGUGAAUUAUUGGUCAAACACAUUUUGUGAUUGAAUAUAAAAAAAACUGUGAUAAUAAUAUUGUGAAUUAUGUAAUAAGUGUUAAAAAUUGUUAUUAUUUAUUAAAUGUUUAUUUUAACUGAAACAA